CACCAAAUCACCUCACCUCACCUCACCUCUUCCCAAUUCUUCAUCAACAAACCCCAGCACCCUCUACACUCUCUGCACACAAAUUACACUCUCUGCACACAAAGCUACAUUUCACAUACUGAAGAAGAUAUAAACAUAUACAGUAUAUAUAUAUAUAUAUAAUUUUAUAUAUAGGCAUGGCAUCACCGAACAAAUCGCCGGAAUAUGACCGUCCACCGGCGGCGAUCCUAGUCCAGCCGGCGUCCCCUCGAUUCCCACUCUCACAAUCGGGGACUCCCACUGGGGCCCACCGGAAGAUCGCGAUCGCCGUCGAUCUGAGCGACGAGAGCGCCUACGCCGUGAAGUGGGCGGUGCAGAACUACCUCCGCCCCGGCGACGUCGUGAUCCUCCUCCACGUGCGUCCCACGAGCAUCCUCUACGGCGCCGAUUGGGGCGCGAUCGACCUAUCCCUCGACACCGACACCACCACCCAGGAGUCUCAGCAGAAGCUGGAGGACGAUUUCGAUGCGUUCACGACGACAAAAGCGAACGAUUUGGCUCAGCCGCUUAAGGACGCUCAGAUACCCUUCAAGAUCCACAUAGUGAAAGAUCACGAUAUGAAGGAAAGGCUGUGUUUGGAGGUGGAGAGGUUAGGGUUGAGUACGGUGAUUAUGGGAAGCCGAGGGUUUGGUGCUUCGAGACGAAACACAAAGGGGCGACUUGGAAGCGUGAGCGAUUAUUGUGUGCAUCAUUGUGUUUGUCCUGUUGUGGUUGUUAGGUAUCCUGAUGAUAAAGAUGGAGGAGUCGACAACGGUGAUGGCUCCGGUGUUGCUGCAAAGGCGGUGGAGGCUGGCGCCGGACUCCAUACGGUGCCAGAGGAGGAGCCGGAGUAUCACGAUGCAUCUGAUAACCAUGCAGAUUCAGAUAAGGCUUCUUAAAUAAAUGGACGAUGGGGAUGCUGAGAUGCCUGGGAGUCGGUAAAAAUGAUCUCUCACGAUGUGGAUCCAUGCCAUGUGAAAAAUGUCGUGUGGUAGUGUUUGUCUCUCUCUCUCUCAAAUCUAUGACGCUUGGAGUGAUUGGCUUGGUUGGUUCGUUGUAGGUCACCGAUUAGGUUGUACUGCCUUCUUUGUGAUGAGUUUUUGUAGAAUUCAUGUAAUUACUGCUUUACAACCUUUUCCUUUCAGUUUUAUUACAUGUGGCCGGGAAGUUAGUAAAGCUGGUUUUGUUUUAUGGUA